GGGGCGUAACCAGGCGGGGCUGUAGUGAGGAGUUGCUGAGUGGAAGCCUUUUGUCCGACUUCGCUCUCCGUCAGAAAACUUGGGUGUGACAGGGUCACAGAUAUGGCGGCGGCCGUAAGGAUGCGAAAGCUGACAAUCAUGCCUGCAGGGCUGAUAUUUGCAUCUAUAAGUGUGCAUGCAGCCAAAGAAGAGGAAUCCAAAAAGCAGCUAAUGAAACCAGAGCAGCUCCCCAUAUAUACUUCACCACCUCUUCAAUCUAAAUAUAUUGAAGAGCAGCCUGGUAAAUUACAAAUGGGCUUUGCCUCCAUCCGCACUACAACUGGUCGUUACAUUGGCUGGUGCAAGGGUGUUUAUGUAUUUGUGAAAAAUGGGAUAAUGGAUACAGUUCAAUUUGGAAAAGAUGCAUAUGUUUAUCUGAAGAAUCCACCACGAGAUUUUCUUCCAAAAGUUGGUGUGAUUACAGUUUCAGGAUUAGCAGGCUUGGUUUCAGCAAGAAAAGGUUCUAGAUUUAAGAAAAUUGCUUAUCCAUUGGGAUUGGCCACUUUAGGAGCAACUGUUUGUUACCCAGUUCAGUCUGUAAUAAUUGCAAAGGUCGCUGGGAAAAAGGCAUAUGCUACAAGUCAAAACACUUAUGAAGCAGUUAAAUCACUGUGGACAAAAAACAACAAAAAGGAGUCACUUCCUGAACCUAAAGAAAAAAUUAAGCUAGAAAGCUCUGCUGAAAUAGAAAUACCUGCAAAAACAGCUCAGAACCCGAAGCACUCAAUGGGUUUGCCAACAGAACCCAGAUCUGAAAUGAAGACAAAAUCAGAAUUCACCUCAGGUGCUACACAGUUUAUACCUGACCCCAAGCUCAUGGAUCAUGGACAGUCCCAUCCAGAAGAUGUAGAUAUGUACAGCACUAGAAGCUGAAAUAGUCUACGUAGAGAAUUACAAGAUGUGUGAAGUUCCAAAUGAUAAUGAAAGAAACCGUGUAAUGGGUAAUUGUGAUUCAUAGAGCAUAAUUUAAAGCAAAUUUAUCCCAUACAUCUUCUAAUGUGCAGUUUGACCAAUCAAGGAAGUGAUUAAAACACAAACAGAAAAUACAAUCGAAACAUUAUUAAAUGAUUGGUGAAGAGGCAGAGAUGAAGAUGCAUUUGAUGACAAGGGUGUUUAUAAACAACAAAUAGAGUAAAUAUGUGAACAGUUAUGAGAUGAGACUAGGAUCUGAAAAAAUAUGUAUGCACUUAUAUACACAUAGAUUUGCUUUAGCUUUUUCCCACUAUCAAUUCCCAACUGUGACAUUAAUGUCAGCUAAAUUAGAAUGGUUUGUGGAAGGAUAUAUUCUCUAUCCUCUUUUUUCAUUUCCCAGAGCAGGAAUAAAAUAUCCAUAUUUUAUGACAA